UGCACUGGUGACCCUGACAUUUCCGUUACUAAGAUGGCGGCAAAGAAUAUCAACCGCCUUAGUUCCCUUGCCGCUCCUUUAGCAAGGUGGCGCCUGUAAGCGAAACCUGCCUCCUUUACCAAUAUGGCGGUCAAAGGGCUUCAAUUCCCCCUAGAUGAGCGAGCCCCGUAGCUUGACAGCUCCGCGCCCAAUAUGUCCGGAAGACAAGAGUCGGGCCCGAAGCUUAGUUAGUUGACACUUGACCUCGAGUAAGUUCAUAAGAAAACCGAGGGCUGAAAGAGAGGGAAAGAGCCACAAACAAGCGGCGCAGUGCCAUGUCCUGCUGGGGGAUCCUCGGAGGUGACAAAGUGCAGUAACUGGAAAUACGGCGAAAGGCAGUAGUACCCAAUGGACCCCAAAGACCUUUUGAAGCCCUCCAGCGGAUCUCAGGCAGUGAAGGGCUCGCCUCAUUACAACGACAAGCCAGGGAAUGUGAUUGAAUUCCUGGGAAAUUACAGGGGAGGAGUUAGUGUGAGUGUCUCUGCAUCUUGUCCAACCUCAACUGCUUCACAGUCAAACACUAGGCAGCAGCUUUUUAAUAAACCGCAGACUGCGACUGGGGAUUCAACGAAUGGAUUGAAUAAUGUGCCUCAGGCAGAUUUGUCUAAAGCAGUCUCGCUCUCAAUGGGACUCUACACGGGGGAGUCAGACACAAAAGUGAUGGGCAGUGAUAUCGCCUUUCCAACCCAAGAUCAAAUCGGUAUCUCCACAGGAGAAACUAAUUUUAGUCUCUUGGAAGAGAGCAUUGCCAACUUGCAGGCUAAGUCAUUGGCCCCAGAUAAACUCGUAGAGAUCUCGGAGGUUCCUGGGGUUUUUAAAUCUGCCCUACCACGGCCUUCCAUACUAGGUCAGGGGGGCAGCAAUGGAAGCAGCACUACUAAGCUGUUUCCCAAAGACCAAAUCACCUUUGACCUAUUACAAGACCUGGAUAUCCAGCCAGACUCACUCAUGGAUGGUAAAGGAAAUCCUUGGCUAGACCCACUUUUUGAUGAGGAGGAAGCUCUUAGCCUUUUGUCCCCACUGGGCACUGGUGAUCCUUUUUUCAUGAAAUCUGAAGUACUGAGUGAGGGUAGCAAACCUCUCGGCCUCGCUGAUGGCACACAGAGACUCGGAGAUCUACCAGUUACUCAAGUCAAAACAGAAAAAGAAGACUACAUUGAGCUUUGUACACCUGGUGUGGUGAAGCAGGAAAAGUUUGGCCCUGUUUAUUGUGUAGGCAAUUUUUCAGGAUCUGGCUUAUUUGGAAACAAAUCCUCCGGUAUUUCUGUCCAUGGUGUCAGCACUUCAGGUGGGCAGAUGUACCACUAUGACUUGAACUCUUCCACCAUGACGCAACAGGAUCUUAAGCCUAUCUUUAAUCUUAGCUCACCCGGGACUAGCAUUGCAGAAGGCUGGAAUAGGUGCCAUGGAUCAAGCGAUGACGGUGCCGCUUCUCCAGGGAAUGUACAUUUUGCAAACAGAUCUCUUUUUUCAAAUGGCUUUUCAAGCCCCGGAAUAAGACCUGAUCUAAGUCCGUCUCCAUCCACCUCUUCUACCAGCACGGGGCCACCCCCCAAGCUCUGUUUGGUGUGCUCUGACGAGGCUUCUGGGUGUCACUAUGGAGUACUGACUUGCGGCAGCUGUAAAGUUUUCUUUAAGAGAGCAGUUGAAGGUCAGCAUAAUUAUCUUUGCGCCGGACGGAACGACUGCAUUAUUGAUAAAAUAAGAAGGAAGAACUGCCCUGCGUGUCGCUACCGGAAGUGUCUUCAAGCUGGAAUGAACCUUGAAGCUCGGAAAACAAAGAAGAAAAUUAAAGGAAUUCAGCAACCUACUGCAGCUGCAGCACGGGAGUCUAAUGAGACUUCUAUGACCAGGACCAUGGUACCUGCAUCUGUGGCACAACUCACACCAACCCUGAUCUCAUUAUUGGAGGUUAUUGAGCCAGAAGUGCUAUUUUCUGGAUACGACAGCUCCAUGCCUGACACAACCAGGAGGCUUAUGUCUUCUCUUAACAUGCUUGGUGGCAGGCAAGUGGUGUCUGCUGUCAGAUGGGCAAAGGCAAUUCCAGGUUUCAGAAACUUGCACCUGGAUGACCAAAUGACCCUUCUUCAGUACUCGUGGAUGUUUUUGAUGGUGUUUGCUCUUGGAUGGAGGUCUUACAAGCAAACCAAUGGAAGUAUUCUGUAUUUUGCUCCAGAUCUCGUCAUUACUGAGGACAGGAUGCACCUACCCUUUAUGCAAGAGAGAUGUCAAGAGAUGUUGAAGAUUGCAGGUGAAAUGUCCCGUCUUCAAAUUUCAUAUGAUGAAUAUCUCUGCAUGAAAGUCCUGUUGCUCAUGUGCACAAUUCCAAAGGAAGGCCUGAAGAGCCAUGCUCUCUUUGAGGAAAUCCGUAUGACAUACAUUAAAGAGCUGGGAAAAGCCAUAGUAAAGAGGGAAGGAAAUUCCAGUCAAAACUGGCAGCGCUUUUACCAACUGACAAAGCUAUUGGACUCCAUGCAUGAGGUGGCUGAGAAUCUACUAGCCUUUUGCUUCCUUUCCUUCAUGGAUAAAUCAAUGAGUAUCGAAUUUCCGGAUAUGUUGUCAGAAAUCAUCAGCAAUCAGAUACCAAAAUAUUCAUCUGGAAACAUCAAAAAACUGUUAUUUCAUCAAAAGUGACUGCCUUAAUGGAACAUAUAUAAGUAUAAAAAAGUUGCCUUAAGGAAAGAAAAAGUAAAAAAAAUAUAUAUAUAGCUUUUAAUGUAUAAAAAAAAAAAGGAGAGCCUAAAGAAAUCAGCUGUUCUUAUCGUCCGUGCAACGGUGUUCCUUUUGUAAUUAUGCACUACAGUUUUUGUGGUUUACAGAGGGCCAAGUUUUAAACUAUGGGAAAUUCCUCAUUUCAAGAGUGACAUGGGCUGAAUAAGUUGAGUAAGAGUCUGCAAUGUGAACAUUCUGCUAGUAAUUCUUGCAUUAGGAUGGGUUUAUUUUGCUAUUUUUUUUUUCUUUAAAGUAUUUUUUUUAGGUGAUAGUAAAGGGGAAUUAUUAUGAUUUCAUUUCUUUUAAUAUGUUGUUUAUGAAGCGAGCCUAAAUCCAUUCAAGCUUCGCCCAUACGGAACCCAACACAGCCCCAAGAGCAGUAUGUUUUCAUUUGGAGGGGUUGAACUUGAUGGACUUUGUCUUUUUUCAACCCAAUUUAACUAUGUAACUAUGUUAAGAGCGGAUAGGGUGAAAUUCAGACAUUCAUGGAACAAAUUCGAUUUUUUUUUUUUAUUGAUUAUAAUUACAAAAAGUCAGGGCUUUUCUUUAUAAAUAACAUAUUAAAAAAUGAAAAUAAAUCCUAGUUUUCCCUUUAGAAAAGAUUCAUUUCUGCAUGUAACCGGAGGAACGUUUACAAGCAUCAGAAAAGGGAAGUUGUGCCUUUUUAAGCUACUGCUCUAUCUAGCAGUUUCCUCUCAAUAUUAUACAACAAACUGGCAAACUGGCUUCCUCCUUUUAUUUUCUUUACAUUUUAGGAUUUUUUUUUUGUUUUUUUGUAUUCUUAAAACAACCGUUGUACAGAUAUGGCCUUAGGGGAAUUUGUUUCCAGACAGGAGCAUCUUUGAGCUUUCCUAACACAUUUAUAAAAUAGUCGGUAACUAAAAUAACAAAAAUAGACAAAAAAAAAAAAAAAAAAAGGUCAUAAACACUUUCUCAUCAACAGUCAGGUAUCAGCGGAGGGCAGGAUUUUCUUUUCCUGCGUCUCCUUCUUUUACUUAGUCUUUAUAUGCCACAUUUUUUGCUUAGCACAUUCAGCUACUUGUCCAAAUGGAAGACACAUGCCUACAAUGAUUAUUUGCUGCAUAUUUGUAUCCGCUACUGGUGCAUGUACCACGCUAGUGCUUAAUCCUGUGCUUAGGUGUCUGAUAUCCAUCUGUGGUCUCAGAAUAGAUAAGCCUAUACUGACCUGAAGUAAAACCUGUUUCACGAGUGCCAUAAGAUGAAAUGCUAUUUUAGAAGCUGCUGUAGCCAUUUCAAUAGCCUACAGAAUGUAAAUGUCUUUUAUUAACAAAAGAAAAAGUAUUU